GAGAGGUCAGGGGUUAGGCAAUCAAAUUCAAAUUUUGGUGGGCAGAGGAAGUUGUGCGUUUUCGUGCGGAUUCGCGGGGUUUUGGAGCGUAUUUUGUGGGCCAGAUGGCAUUUUUCUGCCCCAUUAGGUUGCGACCGAAUCAGAGAAAACCAGGUUACAACAACAAGAAGUAUGGCUCGGUCAAAGGUCGCAUGGAUGCCAUCGGAGCCAAGUUGCACGGUAACGCACACCUGCUGUCUAAUGCAGAGUACCAUGACGAGGUCAUCAGGACACUGGAGGUCGGCCUCAGGUGCCCUGCAGAUGGAGGUCAAAGGCCAGAGUUCAGGCACAGUGGCUCCUCCCUGACCUUUGAGAGGAAAGGUUCGUCAUACAUUGUACAUCCUAUUCAGGAUGAACCUCCUAAUGAUAGACUGUCACAGGAAAGGGUUGACUUGUUAAUGUCACGACCACUGGACUCAAACAAGGAGAACAGGGGGCCAAACAGUGUCAUAGGCCAAGGGAAAGACAGGCCCAAGGUUCUUCCUACAGAAAGGAAGCUAACCUACGGUACUGGUCCGGAGGUUGUACGAGACAGAAGUUCCUAUCUGCAGAUGUUAGAAGAUUUGAUAGAAGAGGGGCCUGGGUGUGUGCAGAGUAGAGACAGAGGGGCAGUGUGGCACAAGCAGAAGGGAAACAGACUGUUUACAGAGGAGGAACUGGGGAGAAGGGUUGGCGAGUCACCCUCCAAACCAAACAGACUGUCCUACGCAAUGAUGCUGGAAGGUCAGGAGGAGCGCCACCAUGCACCGCAGCCUGGAACUGCAGGGAGAGACAGGGUGCCCUCGAGAAGUAGCCCGCUGACAGAGGAACAGCUACAGCGUCUGAGAACGCUGAGGAGGGACCGAAACUCCUACCUCAUCAUGGUGGACGGGCUGCUGGAUGAGUCACGACGGUCGUCCGUGGCAACGUCGCAGAGGUGGUCGAUCGCUACAUGCAGCGAAGACUUACAGGAACUACGGUUGGGUUCUGAUACACACUACGGGCUGGACUAUAAUAAAGGAAAUCCAGGCAACAGGAGGAAUAAGCUGUAUGAUAUCAAUGCUAGGCGAGGGAGGGCAGAUGGAGGCCCUUCUAGCUCCACCUCUCCUGAAUCAAGCACAGGCAACGAGGGUUCUAAAGCUGACAUCCGCCGGCAGCGACCACGCCGCAAGGUUUCCACCAACUCUAACAGAGGAAUAAAGAAGAGUUCCUCGUCUUCGUCUACCAGUACUGCCAGUACAGUUUUCCUAGACGACAAGCAAGUGACUCCUCCAAGCGGCCACACAAAAUCUGCAGCUGGAGGGAUAGGACACAGGAUUGUAGUGCCUCCAAGUGAACAAGCUCAAAGUCAAACUGUACCUGAGAAGCCACAAGACAAGGCAUCAGUCUCAAGCAGUGGUCAGGCAGCAGGGGACGGGAUGGAAGACAUGGCAACAGCCACGCCUAGCGAUGGCAGCAGGCUGGGAGAGCGGAGAGGGUCCAUCAGCAGCAUCAGUAGUGCAGUUGCCGUGGUGAGAAGCAUCCAGCUGCUCUCUCCAUCUGAGCAGGGGAGUGAAUCACUCCUCCAAGGAAACAACUCCAAGGCCAACUGUUUUCUUCAAGAGAAUGACUCCAAGGCCAACUCCUUGCCCCAAGGAAACGACUCCAAAGUCAACUCCUUCCUCCAAGCGUGUGACUCCAAGACCAACUCCUUCCUCCAGACCGAUCUGCCUCCUCCUUCACCCUUCAGAGACACUCCAGACAUCGUGCAACAAGCUUGCCAAAACAGCCUCAGAGCUGCACCAGCAAACAACUCUUUGGGAUCAACAGAAAAACACUUGGGUAUAACAUCCCUGGUUAAUAAUAUUCAGCAGGAAAACUCAGAGACAGCAACUGAUGUUAGUAGUUUCAUUAUGGAUGUGAUGAACAAUAGUGGUUUAAGCAACAGCAGUGUAGGAAGCACCACUGCUACAGGAGGUGCGUCUACAAACAACAGUCCGGACAAGACAACCAGCAAACCAUCGCUAUGGAGACCAUACUUGGCGGGAAGCCAGGAGAGGUCAAAGGUCAGCAAGCCCCCGCUGUCCGAUGUCACCAACCUGUUGUGGAGUAAUGUUCUGCUGAGAGCGACCCUCGGGGCGUCUGGGGGGUCAACCAAUGAGCAGCAAGGAAGAGCUUCUACUAGUUCUAGUGGACAAUCCAGCGACAUGUUGAGAGAAUUGACCGGUCCAUCAGGAGUGAUGUCUAACCAGACAUCUGGUACCAGUAUACAGAGUUGCAGCACCACCAGCCUGGCCCAGUACAGCCUGCUGACUUUGACCCAGGGUCAGGUCAGGUCACCCACUGACCCUUCACCUGUCAUCCCUCCUGCCCCACACACCACCCCUGACCUACAGGUUGCAGAGUUUCCGAAGCAGCCGAUUGGCCAGGCCACGGUGAUGUUUGACUUCAUGGCUGUGGAGGAGAACGACCUGUCCGUCAUGCGUGGGGAGACCGUCACGCUGCUGAACACAGACGACACGGACUGGGUGUUCGCUUGGACGGACGACGGCGCAGAGGGGUUCAUUCCUCGCAACUUCUGUUCCCCCUGUGCCGCCCAAACUACAGGUGGAAAUAUUUCCGAGACGAGCUCCCUCCAGAUCACCAUGGCAACCAGAGACGCGACCUUCCUGACCUCAGAGACCCAGGACGACUCCUGGGCAGUUGACACCAUCUAUGAGGAGGAGGAGGAGGAGCUGGGGGAGGGCAGGGACGCCAUGGCAACCGUCUCCGUGGAGAUCCAGAAGCUGAUCGCCAGCGCACUGGAGGAGACCGACCAGAUGGCGUCCCAGGGCGGGUCACGCAAGGUCACGCACCCGAUCUCGGCGACCCCUCACCUCGGUACGGCCGGACUCGCCACAACAAGAGCCGCAGUUUCCAUGGGAACCAGCUCCAUCAUGGAGACCACCAACCACACCAGCUUCCUGUCCUCGAUCGACCUCUUGGACCUGACCCAAGACGACCCCCUGCACUGCUACCAGCCGACCAAUGAGGGCGCAGCAGACAGCAGCAGUCUCCCGGCAACUGUGGCAGAUGAGACGGCCGACAGCGUGGCGACGUCAGAGUCAGCCUGGCCCGACGAAGACUUGCGUGCGCUGGUGAAGCAGACCCACAAGUUCCUGGUGUUGUAUGACUUUGCUGCACAGGCAGUGGACGAGGUGACUGUGUCAGCAGGAGAGCUUGUGUACGUGAACGCAGACAAACAGCAGGAAGACGACUGGCUCUGGGUUUACGUGCCUUCAUCUGGGGACAGUGGGUACAUCCCACAGGCUUUCACUCGACCAAUCCUGGUCUUCGACCUCAAGUAGUUGCCAUGGAGAUAAUGGUAGCUCCCACACUUGUGGUUCAGGCAGUAUUAUGUUGCUGUUAUGUUGUUGUUGGUUACGUUGUCAUUGUGUUGUG